GCGUGUGUGGCGCAGGGCGGCGGGGCCGGGAGGCGCUGGGGCCAUGGAGGCCAAAGGCGGCUUCGUGCUCGCCAACCUGGCCGAGGUGGUGGAGCGCGUCCUCGGCUUCCUGCCCACCAAGGCGCUGCUCCGCGCCGCCUGCGUGUGCCGGCUGUGGAGGGAGUGCGCCCGGCGGACGCUGAGGGGCCGGCAGCGAAUCGCCUGGGUGUCGGCGCUGGAGCCGGGCCCCGCCGACAGCCACGCGCUGGUGCGGGCGCUGAGCCGCGAGCUCGAGAAGGUGCAUGUGCUGCCCCAGACCGUGCUCUACAUCGCCGAUGCCGAGACGUUCAGCGGCCACGAGGAGUGUCACGAGCAGAAGAAAGCCAGAAAAAGAAACAGUAAAGAAACAGCACUCGCCCUUGAGAAGUUGUUGCCGAAGCGAUGUCAGGUUCUUGGACUGGUCACCCCAGGGAUUGUAGUUACCCCCAUGGGUUCAAGCAGCAAUCAGCCUCAAGAAAUUGAAGAGGGCGAAGCUGGGUUUGCUCUGUUGUUUCCCAAAAUCGAUGGGGUGAAAAUUCACACCUUCCAUUUUUCUAAAGAUGUGAAGAACAGGGUCUUUGAUGAAAACAAAUUUGCUGAAGCAGGUCUGAAGAAUAACCCAGAUCUCCGUGUUGUCCUUCUGUUUGGCUACAACUCCUGGAAGUCUGGAGCUACUCGAUUUCUUCAUCAAAUAGUCAAUCCACUGAAUGAGAAAAGUAUCAUCCUGGCUGGAGGACAAGUGGAGAGCUUUACAUCACUGACCUCUGAGAAUGCCCACGCCCAGCCCGGGGACGCCUGUGGGGUGGUGGGGCUGGCCUUCAGCGGGCCCCAGAUCCAGAGUGCCACCGUGCUGCUGGACCAGGACGUGGCCGACGAGAGGACGGCGGAGGCGGCCAUGCAGCGCCUCAAGGCCGCCAACAUCCCCGAGCACAACUCCAUCGGCUUCAUGUUCGCCUGCGUGGGCAGGGGCUACCGGCACUACAAGACCAAGAGGAACAUGGAAGCGGAUGCAUUCAGGAAGUUUUUUCCAAACGUGCCCCUCUUUGGCUUUUUUGGACACGGGGAGAUAGGAUGCGAUCGGAUAGUUACUGGGAAUUUCGUAUUGAGAGAGUGCAAUGACAUUAAGGAUGACCUGCUGCACGGUUACACGACCGUUAUGACUCUUAUUCAUUUCGGUUCAACUAAAGCAAACCAAGCAUAAGUAAGGUUUAAUGCUGCAGUGAGCUGUUUGUUUCCUUCCAGAGAGCUGGAGAAGUCUGGGAAAGUGGACAUCUUGCAGUCAAAGCCCCCUUCCAAAGCGUAAACAUCAUUUCGGUAACGUUAUCAAGUCUUGUAGUUGCAAUAGAGUUUAAUAUACUAUCUGCAAGAAAGCCUUGCAUUCUGUGUAAUCCCCUGUACACGUUAGAAUUGCAGGAAAUUAUAUUUGAUGGAAUUCUGCAAUUGAAGAAAGCCUCUUUCUUCCAAAAUGAGAGUGGUUUGCACAAAUCAUAGAAUAUGCUGACUUGGAAGGGGCCAAGUCAGGGUCAUCGAGUCCACUUCCUGGCCCUGAACAGGACAUCCCCAAGAAUCCCACUGUGUGCCUGAGAGUGUUCUGAAACUCAGACAGGCUUGGUCCUGUGACCACUUCCCUGGGGAGCCUGUUCAGUGCCCAGCCACUCUGGGUGAAAAAGUUUUCCCUGAUAUCCAGCCUAAACCUCCUGGUUCAGCUUCAUGCUGUUUCCUUGAGUCCUGUCACUGUCACAGGAGUGAAGAGAUCAGUGCCUGCCCCUCUGCUGCCCCUCGGGAAGAUGUUGAAGAUCCCAGUGAGGUCUCCCCUCGGUCUCCUCCAGCUGAACACACAAAGUGGCCUCAGUGUCCUCACAUGGCUUCAAAUCAAGGCCCUUCAUCUUCACUGCCCUCCUUUGGACACUCUAAUGGCUCAGUCUCUUCCUUACAUCGUGUCCCCACAGCUGCCCCACAGUAUUGCAGGUGAGGCCACCCCAAGGCAGAGCAGGGUGGGACAAUCCCCUCCCUGAUGCCCCCAGGACAGGGUUGGCCCUCCUGGCUGCCAGGGCACUGCUGACUCAGGGCCAACUGGCACCCACCAGCACCCCCAGGGCCUUUCCUGGCACUGCUGACCAGCACUUGUCCUUGUUAAACUUCCCGUGGUUGGUGAUGGCCCAUCUCUGAUUCGUGGAGGUCUCUGCAGGGCCUCUCUGCCCUUCAGGGAGCUGAAGCUCCUCCCAGUUUAGUGUUGUCAGCAAACCCAAAUAGCAACGUGUAGAAAGAAACGGGACUUUGGGGUGCUCUAUUUAUGUAUGUAAAGCAGUCCAUGGAAAAAUCCAUUUCCUGGAUUUUAGUAUUAGAGAGUUGCACGACCUUCCCGGAGUCCUAUUUACAAAACCGAAGGGUUUUACUGGAUAAAAUGAAUGAAAAUCUUAGAAGUAACAAACUGCUUGUUAAAUAAAGAUGAAAAUAAUGUCAAAGUACUUUGCCUUCUAUUAGAGAAAAGGCUCUGAUUUAAAGAGAUGUUGUCCAGCUACAAGUUCAGCUUGGGUCACCACCUUGACCUGAAUUUCAGUUGUCUUAACUGUCUGGUUUAGAAUGUAGUGGUUGUUUUUUUCUUUUGGAUUGCCUUGUAGCUUGAUCACAAACUUAAAUCCAGAGUGCUAAAAAAAAUAA